AUGGAAAGUUCGUCAAGUGACGAAGAAGAAGAACAAGAAGUGCAACAAGAAAAUGGCGGUGGUGAUGACAAUGAUGACGACGAUGACGACGCUAAUGAGAUGAUCACAUACAAUAUUAUGGAUGAAAUUUGGGAGCAAGAAGUUCGUCAUCGAGCAAUCCUUUACAUUGUCACAAAAGGGCAACAAUUUGGAUUACGUGCACAGACACUUUACAAAUCAGUGAUAUAUGUGGACGGAUUUCUUGCCGCUAACAGAAUAGAUUUUGAAGAUUACAAGGAAGUGAGAAUAUUAUCAGUGGCAUGUUUAUCAUUGGCUGCAACAAUGGAUGAAAGUAUAGAAAAUGUGCCACCAUUAUCACGUUAUCCAGUAGGAAACUUGGGCAUUAAUGUGAAUGAAAUAAGGGAAAUGGAGUUGAGGAUUCGUUAUGAAUUCAAUGGGGAUUUGCAUUAUGUUAUUCCUUUUGAUUUCAUACAGUUUCUCCUACCAAGAUUUGCUAGAGAUGUUCCAAGCAGAUACUUAACAAGAAUGAGAAUUGAUGAAAUCAUCAUGAGUGUUCUUCGAGGUGGGAGGUUAAUAAAUCAUAGACCAUCUGUAAUAGCAGCAGCUGCAACAUUGUUAGCAGUAAACAGAAAUUUGACUAUAGAACAAGUGGGGAUUCAUAUAAAUGCCUUGCCGCUUUUAAAUAGACCUCUUCAAAUUAAUAAUGUUUGGUACUGCUACAAUAGAUUGCGAGAGCUGAACGAGCACAUAUGA